AUGGAACAUCUGAGAUUAGUUCUUGAUACACUUCGAAAGGCGUGUCUCUAUGCUAACCUUAAGAAGUGCACCUUUUGUACUAAUGAGCUUGUAUUUCUAGGCUAUGUUGUGAGUUCGCAGGGCAUCAAAGUAGACGAAUCCAAGAUUGAGGCUAUCAAGCAAUGGCCAACACCCAAAUCCGUCCCUGAGGUGCGCAGUUUCCAUGGAUUGGCAGGCUUCUACCAACGUCUUGUCAAAGACUUCAGCACCAUUGCUGCUCCAUUGACCGCCGUGACAAAGAAGAAUGAUAAAUUCCAUUGGGGAGAAGCCUAA